AAAGCAUUCACUUCCAUCUGAUCUCAUUCUAUUCUAUCAAUGGCGCUAGAAAACGGAGAGAAGUCAGGGUCUAGUUUUGUGGCAGUGAGAAAACCAAAUGAUUGUACCAUUCUCUUGCUGAGAGUGGUUGCAUUCUUGGCCACACUCGCCGCGACUCUAGUGAUGGCACUCAACAAAGAAACCAAAACCUUGGUUGUUGCCACUAUUGGGACUACUCCGAUUAAAGCCACGCUCACAGCCAAGUUUCAACACACUCCAGCAAAUGUGUUCUUUGUUAUAGCUAAUGCAAUGGCCAGCCUUCACAACUUGUUGAUGAUAAUAGUGCAACUUUGCGGAGGCAAGUUCAAAGACAAGGGUCUUCGCCUUGUGAUGAUGGCCAUUUUAGACAUGAUGACUGUGGCCCUGCUAUCUUCUGGCGAUGGUGCAGCUACCUUCAUGGCACAUCUAGCGAAGAAAGGUAAUUCACAUGCAAGGUGGAACAAAAUCUGUGACAAGUUUGGCAAGUUCUGCGACCAUGGUGGUGGCGCUAUCAUUGCUUCUUAUAUUGGGCUCCUUCUCUUGGUGGUUAUCACAGUGUUGUCCAUCAUCAAGCUACUCAAGGCGAAAUAGAGCACUCCUAUGCAAUAGUCCCUUUUCAUGUAUACUUUGUUUGAUUUGUGUGUUAAUGCUUCAUUUGUGUGUUUACUGUUUCUGGAGUCCUAUCCACAGACCCACAAUCACAUAAGAUGCUUUAUUACAUGUUACGGUCAAGGCAUGACAUGAACUUGUGUAACUGGUGAAAAAAUUUAAAUGCAAUCGCUUAUCUAUUUUGUCUUCAGAACAAUGAAAAUCGUCUCAGUACUUGUAUUGAUCUCA